GAAGUGCGGCGGGAGCGGGAGAGCGGCAGCCAUGAGCCUGUUGAACAAGCCCAAGAGCGAGAUGACCCCCGAGGAGCUGCAGAAGCGCGAGGAGGAGGAGUUCAACACGGGCCCGCUGUCGGUGCUGACGCAGAGCGUCAAGAACAACACGCAGGUGCUCAUCAACUGCCGCAACAACAAGAAACUGCUGGGCCGCGUCAAGGCCUUCGACAGGCACUGUAACAUGGUGCUGGAGAACGUCAAGGAGAUGUGGACCGAGGUGCCCAAGAGCGGCAAAGGCAAGAAGAAAUCCAAACCCGUCAACAAGGAUCGCUACAUCUCCAAGAUGUUCCUGCGCGGGGACUCGGUCAUCGUGGUCCUGAGGAACCCCCUGAUCGCCGGCAAGUAGGGAACGACCUUCUGGAACCUUCCAGAACCUCCUGGAACCAUCCCGGAACCUCCUGGAACCAU